UGUUGAUUCCGGAUGUAGUGCUGGUGAGAAACCAUUUAGCUGCUCUGAGUGUGAUAAAAGAUUUGGCACCAAGGGAAGUCUGAAGAGACACAUGAUAUGUCAUACAGUCCUCACAGCUUCAUCAAACUCAAACUGAGGAGAACAGAGAAGCAGAGCCUCCAGCCAGCAGCUCAGAUCCAGAUAGACAUUUACAACCACCAGAUACUAAUAAAAAGACGGACCCGUCUUCUGAACCUGAUGACAGUGUUGACAUUGAGUUUUGGAAAGACACCAGGCAGCAUCAGCCAGGGUUCACUUAUCGGAGGAAUAAAAAAGUCUCUGUAAAUGAUGGAUAUAAUACUGGUGAGAAACCAUUCAGCUCCUCUGAUGACAAGGCUGAAAUUGAACCCAAGACUAAUGACUGUGCUGAUGGUAAUUUUAGCAAACAGAUCAGGCAACCUCAAUCAGGUCUAAACCAUCUGAACACUGAGGAAGUCUCUGUCAGUGAUACAGGAUGUAACACUGACAAGAAACCAUUCAGCUCCUCUGAGGACGGUCACACUCUACUGACACACAAGAAAUCUCCCAGAGGAGAGAAACCAUUUGGUUGUUCAGUUUGUGGCAUAACAUUUGCUAAGCGUGAAAGCUUACGUUCUCAUAUGACAUGUCACACAGGGAAGGAACCUUUCCACUGUUCAGUGUGUAACACAGGUUUCAGUGACAGCGAGGCUUUAGUUCAACACAUGAGGAUCCACACGAGACAAACACAGUUUAGUUGCACAAUUUGUGGUGAAGAAUUUGCAUGGAGAAGAUAUCUGACAAAACACAUGGAAGUCCACACAAACAAAAAAAUCUACAGCUGCAGAGAUUGUGGCCAAAGAUUCACGUGGCUUUUUUUGCUCAGAAACCAUAAAUGUCUCUGUCAUCAGUCCUCACAGCUUGAUCAAACUGAAGAGAACAGAGAGGCAGAGCCUCCAGCCAGCAGCUCAACUGAACAGGAGGAACUCUUGACCAGUCAGGAGGGAGAGCAGCUUCAAGGGCUGGAGGAGGCUGAUAUCAUCAAGUUCCCAUUCUCUCCUGUCCCUGUGAAGAGUGAAGAUGAUGAAGAGAAACCUCAGUCCUCACAGCUUCAUCAAAGACAAACUGAACAGAUAAAACCAGAACCAGCCAGGAACUCAGAUCCAGAUGGACACACAGAACCAGAUACUAAGACUGGAAACUCUUCUGAACCUGAGACUGAUGACAGUGAUGAUUGGAAGGAGACCAGACAACCUCAGUCAGGUUUAAACUCUCUGAAUAAUGAUGAAGUUCCUGUCAGUGAUGAGAGACAUAAUACUGAAAAGAACUUAUGUAUCUGCUCUGAGUGUGGGAAAAGAUUUGGCAACAAGGCAGAUAUGAAGAAACACUUGAUAAUUCAUACAGAAGAGAAACCUUUCAGCUGCUCAGUUUGUGGGAAAAGAUUUGGCAACAACGCAGAUAUGAAGAGACACUUGAGAAUUCAUACAGAAGAGAAACCUUUCAGCUGCUCAGUUUGUGGUAAAAGAUUUCCGCGCAGAGCACAUCUGAAGAAACACAUGAUGACUCAUACUGGAGAGAAACCAUUCAGCUGCUCAGUUUGUAAGAAAUCUUUUACACAUAGUGGAGAUUUACAGAAACACAUGAUCAUUCCCACAGGAGAGAAACCCUUCAAUUGCUCAGUGUGCGAUAAGAGAUUUUUGCGUCGGGCACAUCUAAAGACACACAUGCUAACUCACACAGAAGAGAAACCGUUCAGCUGUUCAGUCUGUGAGAAAUCUUUUACAAAAAGUGAUAGUUUACAGUAUCACAUGAGAAUCCACACGGGAGAGAAACCAUUCAGCUGCUCAGUGUGUUGUAAAAGAUUUAUACACAAGGCUCAUCUGAAACGUCACAUGACCCAACACACAGGAGAGAAACGACUGAGCUGCAGCGUUUGUGACAAAACAUUUGCCUGGUGUAUUCAGGUCAAAACACAUGAGUGUAUUGGUGGUCAGUCCUCACAGCUUCAUCAGAGUCAGACUGAGGAGAGCAGAGAGGCAGAGCAGCUCUACUGAACAGAUGGAAACAUCUUAUAUGAGCAACAGUAUGGAUUUGGCAGACACUACUCGCCACAUAUGACUAUUUUACAACUUAUUGAUAAGAUUACAUCAGCCCUAGAUAAGAAUGAAUACCCGGUUACAAUUAAUAAUUAAAUUUUACUGGCCUAAUAAGGGUUGAGUACUCCAAUGGUUAUGUGAGUAGCGGGGCAGUUAAGCAUAACAAUUGGGGAAUUUGCAAUAAAAGCACAUUUGUCACAGAUGUAGGUUUAUACGUUAUGAAAAGAUAUGGAUAUUGAGGCACUGCAAAUUUGCCAUUUUGCAAAAUAGGCGCUUAAUAUUCCUAAAUGUUGCAGAAAAUGGAUUUUAUGACUCUUGGUGAUUUCCAAGAUGUGUUCAA